UAUGAUAGAGAAGAGAAAAUCAGUUUAGCGUGACAGCAUAGUUAACCUUUACAUACAGACAAGAUCACAAUCACUAUUCAAGAGAAACCGGAGUUAUCCGAAGCUACCAACACGUUGGAAUGCCGCGGCUAAGGAAUAAAUGUCAACGGUCCUACAUGCUCUGCUUCUAUCUCUCUCUCUAGAACCUCCUCAGCUCCUAGUCAUCCUUGUUCUUCUCUCUUCCGCGUUCUCAUGCUCCUAUAUAAUCAAUAUUAAACCCUCGUGAUUCAAUCUCAAACAUUCACAAUCACACUAAAUAUCACACCUCAAUUUCCAUACAUACCCCAAAACCAAAACCAUCAUCAUCAUCAAAUAUCAAUCAUCCGAGGAAGAGGAAAAUGAAGCUAGUUUGGUCCCCGGAGGCAGCAUCAAAAGCAUACAUCGACACAGUCCAAUCUUGCCCUGAAUCAGGGGUGGCAGAGCUUGUUUCCGCCAUGGCGGCAGGGUGGAAAGCGCAGCUCAUCGUGGAGACAUGGUCAGAGGGAGGACCGAUCGCCACGAGCAGAGGGUUGGGGAUAGCAAGAGGGCACACGAGCGGGAGGCACGUCUGCGUGGUCCCUGACGAGAGAUCAAAGGUGGAAUAUUGUGACAGGAUGGGGGAGGCAGGGGUGUGCACGGAGGUGAUGGUGGGGGAAGCGGAGGAGGUGAUGGAAGGUUUGGUUGGGAUUGAUUUCAUGGUGGUGGAUUGUAAAGGGAGGGAGUUUUCCAAGAUUCUGAGGGUGGCUAAGCUUAGCAGCAUGGGGGCUGUGUUGGUUUGUAAGAAUGCGAAUUCUAGAAAUGUUACAGGGUUUAAAUGGCGGAGCGUGGUUGAUGGAGGUUCUUCGCGGCGGCGGCUUGUUCAUUCUGUGUUUCUUCCGGUGGGGAAAGGGCUUGACAUAGCACAUGUUUCUGCUGUUGGAGGUGGUGAUUCUGUUUCUGGGAUCAAGGGUAAGAGAUGGAUCAAGCAUGUUGAUCGACAAUCAGGGGAUGUGCAUGUGAUUCGGCGAUGAAUGAACAUGUUUGAUGCAAGCAGUUGUUUUUUUUUCUUCUUCUUUCUUUGCUGGUAUUCUAUUAGCUGCAAAGAUUGUAACAGAUUUUAUUUAACUUCUUCAUUUUUGUAACAUGUUUUGCCAAAAUACACUGAUUAGUUGUAAUUAAAUACAAUGAUGCAGUGUGUAUGUGGUAUCUCACAAACCAUUCCAUUUAUUCUUUACUGUUAUGAGACUCUGGUAGUCCUUUUUUA